GUGGCAACACUAACGCCGCCGGCCCGCCCGAGAGUGUCCUCGUAUUAGUAUCGCAUGCAUAGUCUGUCGCAGGGCAAUUAUCUUUGGGGGUCAUUAAUAUUGUUAUCUUUAGCGGCAUUUAGAGGUUCCUUGUGCUAUUACAUAAUCAGUUGAAGAGGGUGAACUUGGUGGCGACGUCGUCGCUACUCCCACGAAUUCGCUAGUGUAGAAGGUAACUAACUAAAUCCCACCAAAGUCGUUCACAUCCCCGUCCCUUGCUCCUCGUCUUCGUCUUCGUCUAUGCCAUAUGUAAAUUCGAAGGCAUGAUAAUACCGGACGAAGACGACCUCAAGUCAAAGGAUCCUCCCGUUGCAACACCCGCCCUUCGUUAUCCAGAACGAGCGGCAGGCCGUCGUCUAUUUAGUCCUUUGCCCGACUAUGAAACGUCGCAGGCCUUGGCCUUGAACGACUUGAACGACUCCUUGAUAACAUUUUACAAACCUCCUCCAAAACGGCGCUUUAUUGACUCCAGGUCCUGGAGAGCUGGCAUAACCGCUUUGGGCAUCUAUAUUAUCCUUUCAAUCGUCAUUGGUAUCCCGAUUAUUGUCAAGAAAUCCCGGAACGAUGAUCCGCAACCAUUCCCCUACUACGCAUCUAACUAUGCUGAUCGCCUGGACAAGAGCACUUCAUCACACUACGUCACGAAUAUCAACAACAUCUCCAGUUCCCUUGUUGAAAAUGGAAUCGUUUGCAACAACUGGACAGACACCAGUCAACUCGACGACGCGCAAGGUUCUGUGGUUGGAGACGUUCAAUAUACUAUAUCAUCCAAUGGCCAGUUCAGCAUUACGUCCAAUACAUCCUACACGAGUAGCAUGAACGUCGUCCUGGGUGAUUUGUUCGUCGGCAUAAAUCCCAACAGCUCCGAAAUAAAUACAAUCAUAUCCAUCAACAUGCAAGCUUCCAGUAUUGACCUCUUCGACCAGACUCUCGUUUGCUUUGCUUUGGCAACCGACAUCACUGGUCUUUCCAUCUACACCCCCGACAACUUGACCUUCGAGGAUCAAUUGCUCUUCAACGUCACCCUUUUGUACCCCCAGUCACCUAUACCUGCCAAAGUCGAAUCUUUCGCUACCUACCUUCCUUUGUUCACACAGACAUUUGACAAUUUUGGUGAAUAUGUCGAUUUCGAGAAGGUUUCUAUAGAGGGCCCUGUUUCCAAAAUAUUUGUCGGUUUGCUGGAAGCCCGCAAAAUACUGGUUGAAACAUCCUUGGAGUCGAUUUUCGGCCAGUUUUCGGCGUCAGAUACCCUCACUGUCAGCACGAUACAAGCGCCCAUCAAUGCUAACAUCACGCUCUUCAAUGAUCCAGACUCGAAUUUCCCAACCAACCUGACGGCAAACGUUACGUUGAACUCACCCAACCAAAACCCCCCCGUGCGUCCGAACUUCAUCGCAAAUUUGCGCACCUUUUCUGGUCAAGCCACAGCAAGUUUCGUACACGACCCGACAUCGCCACCGACAGCCAUAAAAUUGCGCCUAGAGAACGACCUUGGUCCAGCUACUGUCACAUUCGACGAGAAAUAUCAGGGCGUUUUCCAAGUCAAUACAAAACUAGGAACCGUGGCAGUGACGCAGGGCGCCACCUCUUCUUCUGAUCCGUGGGCUGUAGCUUUGGUGCGCAACUACGCACUGGAAUAUGUGUCUAGCACACGGGCGUAUGGUUGGAUAGGCUGGGGACCGCGCUCAGGGUCCUUCCUCACCGAACAACAGGGUGAAAUAGUCUUGGAGACCUCGAUAGCAGAUUGCACCCUGUUUUUUGACGGUUGAGGUUCGCCAUCUCAUUCUCUCGGACGGUUCACUUGGGCUUUGGGUGGUUCACACACACACAGACUUCUCGCACUGAUCUACCAUACUUAUGCACGUCGCUCAGUUUGGUUUAAGAGCUGUGAUCUUCCGUAGGCAUAGCAUGUGUAUUUGCUUGGUAUUUGCACUACUUAUUUGCACUCACUUCACUGUAUAUCAUAAUCACCUGGCAACGUAAUAGAGACAGCCGGAAAGUGGCCGAACUGUAUCGAGUCAAACA